CUUGUAAGCCUGGGCACACAGUCAGACACCGCCUCAAACUUUCGACAUAAUUAAAGCCCCACUUUCUAUAAUCUCUCUGUAAUAAUAACUGAACUGUCUUUCUAAACUUACCUCUGAACUCCUCCUUUUGCUUAAUCUAUGCAAUACUCGUGUACUGCAUUCCCGUACAGCAUCUUUUUCCAUUCUUGGAGUGCCCAUCUGAUUCUCUCCUUCUUUUUCUUGGAUUAUCUUGUAUUCCUUUUCUGAUGCUCUUUUAAUCUUGUUUCCCAGCUUUCUUUUUUCUGUUACAACUCUCUUGCUUAGAUAUUCGGACAAUAUGAAUGAGCUUUGUGUUUGGUCUUUGUUGCUGCUACUUCUUGCGGGGAGUUUCUCGAAUGGGGUUGGCAAUAAUGUUAAUUUGUCGAGACCAGCUGUUGUAAAUAUAGGAGCUGUGUUCACUUUUGAUUCUACCAUUGGCAAGGCCUCGUAUUACGCGAUUAAGCAAGCUGUGGAUGAUGUCAACUCGAAUUCUAGUGUUCUUCAUGGAACUAAACUUCAUGUGGAAAUGCGAAAUUCGAAUUGCAGUGGCUUUCAUGGCAUUAUUGGAGCUGUGCAAUUCAUGGAGGUCAAUACUGUUGCUGUGAUAGGCCCACAAUCGUCUGAAGUAGCUAAUGCUAUGACAAUUGUUGCUAAUGAACUCCAAGUACCUCUCUUGUCAUUUGGUGCUACAGACCCCACUCUAGCCUCUCUCCAGUUUCCUUUUUUUGUCAGGACGACACAGAGUGAUCUGUACCAGAUGACUGCAGUAGCUGACAUUGUUGAACACUAUAAUUGGAAGCAGGUCAUUGCGAUAUUUAUUGAUGAUGAUUACGGAAGGAAUGGGGUAGCAGCCAUGAAUGAUGCACUUGCAGCAAGGCGCUGCAAAAUCUCAUACAAGGCUGGGAUUCCUCCUGGACCUGGUAUCAGCAGGGGCGAUAUUAUGGACAUUCUUGUGAAACUUGCAGUGAUGGAUUCUCGCGUAAUAGUUUUGCAUGUUUACCCUGCAUUGGGCUUCACAGUUUUCUCUGUUGCACAGCAUCUUGGAAUGAUGGAUGGUGGUUAUGUCUGGAUAGCAACUGAUUGGCUCUCAUCUGUUUUAGACUCCGUACAACUUUCUCCUGAAAAGAUGGAUUCAAUGCAAGGAGUUUUAGUUUUGCGUCAGCAUACACCGGAUUCAGAUAGAAAGAGAACAUUUAUCUCUCGGUGGAACAACUUGACUGAUGGUUCUGUUGGGCCUAAUAGUUACGCCCUUCAUGCUUAUGAUAGUGUUUGGCUUGUUGCUCAUGCUAUUGAUUCAUUUUUAAAUCAAGGGCAUAUUAUUUCUUUUUCUACUAAUUCUAAACUGAGGUCUGGAGGUGGUAAUCUUCACCUUGAGGCCAUGAGCAUUUUUGAUGGAGGAAAGCAUCUGCUGAGGAACAUAUUGCAGAGUGACCUCAUGGGCUUGACUGGGCGUAUUAAAUUUAAUACUGAUAGGUCUCUUUUUCAUCCUGCAUAUGAUGUUAUUAAUAUAAUUGGGACUGGUUUUCGGCAAAUUGGUUACUGGUCUAACUAUUCUGGUUUGUCAACAUUACCUCCUGAGACAUUCUACUCAAAUCUAGCUAAUUUCUCAAUUGCGACACAACAAUUGCACAGUGUUGUUUGGCCAGGAAACACGGUGGUAAAACCUAGAGGAUGGGUUUUUCCAAACUACGGGAAGCUACUGAGAAUAGGAGUGCCUAAUCGUGUGGGUUACCGGGAAUUUGUAUCCAAAUCGCUACGCACUAAUACUUUUAAGGGGUUCUGCAUAGAUGUGUUCACAGCGGCUGUGAAUUUGCUACCAUAUGCAGUUCCAUAUGAAUUUAUCUCUUAUGGAGAUGGCAAAGAAAACCCAAGCUACACAGGGCUGAUUAAUGAAGUUGCCAAUGGGUUUUUUGAUGGCGCGGUUGGUGACAUUGCCAUUGCCAGAAAUCGAACAAAAAUUGUGGACUUUACACAACCAUUUGCUGCAUCUGGGCUUGUUGUAGUCGCUCCAUUCAAGAAGUUAAAUACUGGGGCUUGGGCAUUUCUACGACCAUUUUCUCCACCACUGUGGGGUGUAAUUGCUGCUUUCUUUCUUGUUGUUGGUUUAGUUGUUUGGACUUUGGAGCAUAGGAUUAAUGAUGAGUUCAGAGGCACCCCUAAGACACAACUUAUAACCGUUAUAUGGUUUAGCCUCUCUACUCUAUUUUAUUCCCACAGAGAGAGCACCGUGAGUUCCCUUGGCCGGCUAGUUCUGAUUCUAUGGCUAUUUGUUGUUCUGAUAAUUAACUCAAGUUACACUGCUAGUUUGACAUCUAUACUUACUGUGCAACAAAUGUAUUCUCCAAUUCAUGGGAUUGAAACCUUGAAAAAAAUUGAGGAACCUAUUGGAUACCAAGUGGGAUCUUUCGCUUACCAUUAUUUAGUCGAAGAAAUUGGUAUUCCUGAAUCAUUACUUAAACCCCUUGGAACACCAGAAAUAUAUUCUUCACAGCUCGAACUUGGUCCGAAGAACGGAGGUGUUGCUGCAGUGGUUGAUGAACGUCCAUAUGUAGAUCUUUUCUUGUCAAGCCACUGCGAAUUCCGAGUCAUAGGUCAGGAGUUCACCAAAUCCGGAUGGGGAUUUGCAUUUCCGCGGGACUCUCCCUUGGCAGUGGACUUGUCUACCGCAAUAUUAACAUUAUCAGAGAAUGGAGAUUUACAGAGAAUUUAUGACAAGUGGUUGUCAAGAAGCACAUGCAGCUCAGAGAAUGCUGAAAUAGACUCGGAUCGCCUUCACCUGCAAAGCUUCUGGGGACUCUUUCUCGUAUGUGGGAUGACUUGCUUCGUUGCCCUUCUUAUAUACUUCUUGCAGAUUAUGCGCAAGUUUUGCAAUUCCAACCCUGCUGAUCCUGAGUCAGAAAGCCAGCGUGAUUCACAUUCUAAUCGUAUUCAGAAAUUAUUGUCAAUAAUUGAUGAGAAGGAAGAUCCAAUGAAGAGACGGAGUAAAAGAAGAAAAACGGAAGGUCCUGAAGAUGAAUAUGCAAGUUCGGAAUUGAGAAACAAUGAUGAGCCUGAGAUGCAAAGACUAGACCACACAUUUUAGUUUUGUUUUAACAACAGUUAAUAUAUUUUACUUGAUUAACGAUCUAUUUUUAAUAUCUAAUAGUUCUAAUUUGUCUUGAUGAAA